AUGGCAAUUGAACAGGUCUCCGCUACGCAAUCCCUUAUGUUGACAUCCGGAGCCAGCGGCAGGAUUAAUGCCCUGUUCUCGGCGAGGGCGUUGAAGGGUCUGUUGGCUUUGAUUCAUGCACUGUUGAUUCUCCUUUUGCUCCCAUUUCGUGGCCGGAGGCGGGCGGCCGCAUCCGGAAGCUCGUCGGGUCACGGGGACAAGGGCAAUUGCGUUUGCGAGAAGGGGAGCAGCGGAAGCGGGGCGAAGGUGAGGGUCCCUGCUAAUAUUGUGCCGUGGAAGGCUACUAGCUCUUGGGUCAGCGCCAGCGGCGGCGGGGUCAUGGCGACGGUGGAUAAUGAGGUUGCGACUAGGAGGACGAUUGCUAUCCGGAGGGUGUUGCAGGACGAUGACCCUAGCUCGGUUAGGGAUUUCUCCACGUUCAUCACUGCUAGGGGCGACACCGUUUUUACCCAGUCUUGGUUCCCGGCUUCAGGGGAGAUCAGGGGAGUGGUAAUUCUCAUGCAUGGACUGAACGAACACAGUGGGCGAUAUAAUGAAUUCGCAAAGCAACUGAAUCAUAACGGCUUUAAAGUAUAUGGAAUGGACUGGAUUGGUCAUGGCGGAAGUGAUGGUUUACAUGCAUACGUUCCUUGUCUAGAUUAUGCUGUAUCUGAUCUGAAAUCAUUUCUAGAUAAGGUUAUAGCUGAAAACCCUGGGCUCCCAUGUUUCUGCUUUGGGCACUCCACUGGUGGAGCCAUUGUUCUCAAGGCAGCUCUAGAUCCAAAAGUUGAAGCUUCACUUGCUGGUAUGGUACUGACUUCACCUGCAGUAGGAGUUCAGCCAUCCCAUCCGAUUUUCGUGGUAUUGGCCCCAGUUUUCUCUGCUCUGAUGCCAAGGUUCCAGAUAAGCGCAGCGAACAAAAAGGGGAUGCCAGUCUCGCGAGACGCUGAUGCCCUGAUCGCCAAGUACUCGGACCCUCUAGUCUACACUGGAUCUAUUAGAGUUAGAACAGGUUACGAGAUCCUGAGAAGCUCGACCUACUUGCAGCAGAAUCUCAAUAGGUUCAAUGUUCCAUUUCUAGUCCUCCAUGGUUCUGCAGACACGGUGACUGACCCAGAAGGCUCCCGGAAGUUCUACAACGAAGCAUCCUCAACCGACAAAACAAUCAAGCUGUUAGAUGGGUACCUGCACGACUUGCUGUUCGAGCCUGAACGACAGGACAUAAUGGACUGCAUAAUUGAAUGGUUGAACGACAGAGUAUGA